GCAGAGGUCCUGAUCAGAGGCAGGGCGCUGGCACAUGUGUUCUUUUACUGCACGGUGUCCCCGGUCUGUGGUAACCAUGAAUCGGGAAGAGCAUUAUUACCCACCUAACCAUCUGUACAAGGAGCCUUGUGUCUUCCAGAGACACCAGAACGAAGACUACAACCAAAACCCUCCGCCUUGUCUGUAUAUGAGCAGACAGAUUCAGUCUGUCUACGCGUCACCUUCUUUGGGCGCAGAGGACCAACCAAAUCAUACCGACGUUACUUCUUAUAGCAUGUCGACACGGGACGAUCUGGCAGUGCCUCAUCUCCACCUGCCCCAGACUCCACAGCCACUUCUACAGACAGUCGGUGGUUAUGGAGAGUCUGUCGACCCGUGCGGGGAUCGGAACAGAUACCACCUCCCUUUCCCAUGGAUGAAGUCAACUAAAUCUCAUACGCACUCAUGGAAAGGACAGUGGGCAGGCUCUUACAUGGUAGAGGCCGAGGAAAACAAGCGCACGCGGACAGCUUACACCAGAGCGCAGCUGCUCGAGCUCGAGAAGGAGUUCCUCUUCAACAAGUACAUCUCGCGCCCACGCCGCGUGGAGCUCGCGCUCACCCUCAGCCUCACCGAGAGACACAUCAAAAUCUGGUUCCAAAACAGACGCAUGAAGUGGAAAAAGGAGGAGGACAAGCGGAGAGCUAGAGGGGUGGAUCCCGAACAAGACUCCUCGAUCACGUCUGGGGAUCUGAAGGAUGAGUCGUGUCUCGUCCCAGGAACUCUAGCGGGACCCACGUCACCCCUACACUCUCAUGUACCUCCAGCUCCACGAGAGUCUGCGUAAAACGCACACUGACCAAAAGACACAUCCGAGAUUGUGCCAUCAACACAAUCUAUUGGCUCUUGCAAAAUGAGUGGAACUAGGUGUGCACAUCAGUAAGAUAGUGUCCCAUUCUCAUCCAAACAGUUGGUCACAUCUUCUUUGUAUACUUUAGACUGGCAGUAAAGAGCAAUCCCAGUUUAAAUGUUUAACAUGCAUUUUAUUUGGAUGUAAGAGAGGUUGGAUGCAAGCUUCUGUGGAGUCAAUUUCGUAUUGUGUAGGCCUAAUCAAAUCUCAGCUCUUCAUUUAGCUAAAUAUGAAAACACCAACCAGCUCUAUGAGGACAUUGCCAAAUAAUAAUAAUUUAUUCAUAUUUAUAGAUAAACAAUGGAUAGUCUUGUUCCUUAAUUUUAGAAUGUCACGUAUUUUCACAAAUCUGUAAAUGGGUAAAUACUGUAUAUCUCCACAUGCUUCCAAAAACAUUCAGAAUAUUUAUGAUACAAUGGGGGCUAAAAGUACAGUUUUAGGAAAUAUGCUUUUUUUCUGGCCACAAAGUGUAUCAAGAUUGAAUUUUUUUAAAUUAAAUAUUGGAGAAUGGAGAAUCAUCAUUUGUGUUAUAAGAAAUAAUAACAGAAUGUUGUUUUGAUUCAAAUUCAUAAAAAAAAAGUUGCAUGGCCAGGGAGCAUUUUACCCCACACUUGGGGUAAAAGGCCCCCAUACAUGGGGUUUAUAAUGAUACAUAUAGGGGCAAUAGUAGCAGCAUGGUUUUUGGGCUGACAAAUUAAGAUAAUUUUAAUUCAAUAUACCUGUUCAUUUUAAUCACAUUUGGAAUUUCAUAACAUCUUAAAUAUUCUAUAAACAAAUGAAUCUAC